GCGAGACUCGACCUGGGGAUCUAUUAUCUGACAAUCAUUUGUAAUAACCACACUUGCCGUUUCGCGUCUUUCAAUGUUAUUAUGAAGCGCAUAAUAUCCCCAAAAGAAACCCUAAUUGUGUAGUUUGGUUUCAAAGUUUCUCUACAGGCAUUCAUGUGGGUCUGUACAAUAACCAGUUGAUCACAAAUACGUCUGGUACAUAUAAUUAUCAGUAGUAUCGGCAGAUUUCCACUUUUCUCGGCAGAUUUGACCAGUAAAACCAUGGGAGAUGAGGCGAAGGAAGCCAGCAAAGAAGGCAUUUCUCCAUUUGGUAAGCCGUCUGCCCUGCCAUUUGAUUUGUUUAAGCAGCUCAAGACGACAGCAGACGGCCCCUCCAUACGUAAAUUUCAACCUAAAUUGAAGGCCAGAAAUUCAGCACAAAAAUCUUCAUCUGCCAAGGUUCAAAAAAAAAUGGAGAAGGGAAAGAGCAAGAAUGUUGUUCUUCCCAAGGUAGAGGAGCCAUUUUUAGCCUUAAAAAAGGAAGUCCCAAAUGAGAAUUUGUGCGGUAAACAUGGAGACUCUGUUAUGAUGGAUGUGGCAAAGAGAGGAAGUGAAGCCAAAUUGGGGAAGAUGGAAGAUGUGGAGAUGGGUGUCAAAAUUGGGAAGACUGGUGAGGGUAAUGAUGAGGCAUUUGCCAAGCCAGGGGAGGACAAAAUUGUGAGGGAAAUUGAUGUUUAUUUCACACCCGCCAUAGAUCGGGAUACCAAGAUUUAUCUGAUGCAGUAUCCACUUCGGCCAUACUGGCGGCCAUAUGGACUAAAAGAAAAAUGUGAGGAGGUCCAGGUGAGGGUAAAACCAAAUCAGGCAAGGCUCGAAGUUGAUCUGGUUAUGGAUAAAGCCGGGGAAAAUUAUGAUCAUAAUGCAAUCGAACAUCUGAAAAUUACAAAACAGACAUUAACUUCAUCGAAGUCACCGCUUUCAACCAGUUAUGUUCUUGGGAUAUUACAAGAAAAUAAGUUGCACUUGAGUCCUGUCCAUUCAGCUUUGCAGCUUCGGCCCCUCAUAAGUUAUGUGAAUAAAAGAGAAGAGCAUAAAAAGACAGUCUUUGUAGAUGAAGAAUAUGAAGAAGAACCCAACGAGGCUGAGCCAAAACUGGUUCCUCUAAAGGUUCAGCUGAAGAAGGAAACAGAAUUGCAAGAGAAGUUGAGGCUACAAUCGUAUACCUACUUUAAGCAGCUAGAUGAGGCAGAGCCUUGGAUUCCAUUGGAGGCACAUGGUAUUGACAGCCCUGUAACAGAUGGAAUUCGACAGAAAAUUGUUGCUGUUGAAAAUUUUGAAAUACCGUUUAACAUGAACCAGUAUGAGUAUGUCAAUAAACUGGUCUCAGGAAGGAGAAGUACUGGUGUAAAUAAAGAAAACUUUAAAGAAUACGAUAGAAAUGAAAGAUCCUCAAGAAGGCAAGAUAUUCUAUCACCGGGUUUUGCUUGCUUACAUAUGGAUUCAAAGAAACCAAGCUUUGAUGAUGUAGUCCAAUAUACUAAGUUUACAAAAGUCGUUGAGGGUGAUCAAGUUGCACGGAGAGGUGCAGCAAUCGGAGAUAUGCCUGAGAGGAUGAUGUCUGAAGAAACUCGAGCAGCUCUUCCUGGAGUUUUGCGUGAAAUAUUAGCCAAUCGAGUUUGCAAAUGGUCACAAAUUCUCCAAUCUUUGCAAAAUUUUGCAAAAGAAAAGUUGUCUGCAAGAAAACUAAAUUCAAAGGCACUUGCAACUGCAGUAGCUGCUUCAAAGGUGGCAUCAGCACCUGAGGAUGAGUUAAAAAUUGUUAUUGAUCAGAUUGCAACAAAUAUGAAUGGUGUAUACUUUUUAUCUUCUGUAGGGAACAACGAGUUGGAUCCUUUCAGAAAUGUUGUGAUUGAACUUCUCUCAAAGGACACUAGCAGAGCUAUUCGUAAGAUGGACAUAACAAAGGCAUCUAAGAAAGCGCUUGGAAGAGAAGUAUCUAAAUCUGUCUACAGUAAGGUGAUGAAAGAGCUAUGCACAUGGACCGGAGAUGGUUGGGUGUUGAAAACAGGAGAGUGAAGACAGAUCUGGCAUUCUGCUCACUAGAGUAUCUAUUGGAUAACAACAGGUCAACUAAAACAGAGUGCAUAAACUGCACAAUAGCCCUUUAUUAUUGACUGUAUAUAAUCAAAUUCAUGUCGAAUAUUAUUCAAGAAGGGUUGAAUCACUGUGAAAUUGCUUCUUAUAUUGUGUACCAUUAUACCGCUUACAGAAGAUUGGUGAAUCCCAUUACAAGUUUGAGCUUGUUAGACGUUCUCUUGAAGAGUUGUUGAGUAUCUUGGACAUGUUCAUUAUCGAGGAUGAAGAUGUGAGAAGAAAAUGGAAAGGAAUCAUCAAAAUUCUUUUAAAUAAAAAUCGUCAAGUUAUAUUGUUUAUUAAUCAAUUGCUAAUGUUUGGCUAAAAGAACGUGCUUAUUUAAUGGUAAAUAUUUGGAUGAUAUAAU